UUUAUGGCUGUGUUUUUAUGUUCUGUGGGGCCACAGUUUUUCAACGGGACUCAACUUACUAAUUAUGUGACUCGCCAUGGUCGCUUGACUCAGACUGAAAUAUCCUGACCGUUAUCUUUUCUUUGAGCUAGAAACUUUUACAGGUAAACUGUUAGCGUUUUUGUAAGUUUUAUGUCAAGAAAUAAGAAUGCAACCCCCACCAAGAAAGGUCCGGGUCACCCAGGAGCUGAAGCACACUCAUGCCGAGCAGAUGAGCCAACUGCACAUCAAACACCAGACAGAAUGUGAGCUGCUGGAGGAUCUGAGGACAUUCAGCCAGAAGAGGGCAGCUGUGGAAAAAGACUACGCCCAGGCUUUACAGAAGUUGGCAAAUCAGUAUCUGAAGCGGGAAUGGCCAGAGAGUGUGACAGAGGAGGAAGAUCACCGAAACAUGUACUGUGUGUGGAGGGCAUACCUGGAGGGGACUGUCCAGGCUGCUCAGUGCAGAAUCGGUGCCUGUGAGAACUACAAAGUCCAAGUUGCAGAUCCAACCAAGACAGCCAGACUGCAGAAGGAGCAACAGCUCAGGAAGUGUGUUGAACAGCUGACGGUGGUCCAGGCUGAGCUGCAGGAGUCGGUAAAGGAGCUGACCAAGAGCAGGAAGAAGUACCAGGAGGCUGAGACCAUGGCGCAGGCGGUCCGAGAGAAGGCCGAGCUCGACGCCAAGUCCAAGCUGAGUCUCUUCCAGUCCAGGUCCAGUCUCCAGAGGGCCAGCGUUAAGCUGAAAGCCAAGAGAAGCGAGUACAAUUCCAAAGCCACCCACGCCAGAAACGACUACCUUCUCACACUAGCAGCUGCCAACGCUCACCAGCAGCGCUACUACAGCACAGACCUCCUGGAGUGCAUCAAGACCUUAGAUGGCAGAAUCUAUGAACAGGUAAAAGACUACCUGGUCUCACUUUGUCAGACUGAGCUGGAAACGUAUCAGGCUCUCCACAAAACCUUCAGCCAGCUUCUGAGCAGCUCGAAUGCGAUUCUGCAGGAGUUUCACCAGCAGAUGUUUGUACAGAAGAACUCUGGGUUUAAGCAAGCCCCAGACUUUAUGUACCGGCCCAUGGAUUCCGACACAGUGAUGCUGCUACAGAAAGAGAGUGGAACAGCAGAAGAACACAGUUUGGAUAAGGAGGCGAGGAAGUGGGCAAGCCGCGUGGCCCGAGAAUACAAGAGUAUCAUACACACACAGAGGGCUUUGGAGGAAUAUGGAGCACAGGAAGAGAACAACAGUGAGCUGGAGACAAAGAUGGAGGUGGCCAGGCAGAGUCUUCGAAGGGCAGAGACCGUCAAAGUGAAAGCAGAGGCUCGCCUGGAACUGCUCAAGCAGGCAGGAGUGGCAGUGGAAACGUGGAUGAAGAGUGCCAUGAACCAGGUGAUGGAGGAGCUGGAGAAUGAACGCUGGAACAGCCUCACUACUCAUGAUCCUUCACUCUCGGGAACAGCAGAUUUGGAGCAAGAAGAUGAAGAGGAGAUGGAGGACAGCAGUGAAGUGCUGGACGACAGCAGCUCCAGCCCGUCCAGCACCUUGAGAAACUAUCCGCUGACAUGCAAAGUUCUGUACUCCUACAAGGCAUCUCAAGCAGAUGAACUGACCAUUGAGGAACAGGAGAUCUUGGAGGUCAUCGAUGAUGGAGACAUGGAGGACUGGGUCAAAGCUAGAAACCGCAGUGGACAGGUGGGCUAUGUCCCUGAGAAGUACCUCCAGCUGCCCUCCUCUAACAGCCUGCUGAGCAUGCUGCAGUCUCUGGCUGCGCUGGACGCCCGCUCCCACUCCUCCAGCAACUCCACGGAGCCUGAGACCGAGCUGCCGGGCAGCUCAGUUAAUGGAGACUCCAGCGUGUCCUUUGCAAAGGCCUUGUACGACUACGCAGGACAAACGGAGGACGAGCUGUCAUUUCCAGAAGGCGCCAUCAUCCGGAUCCUCAGCAGAGAGACCCACGAGGAUGAUGGUUUCUGGGAGGGCGAGUUUAAUGGGGUGGUUGGCGUCUUCCCUGCAGUUCUGGUGGAGGAUCUCUCCAGUGUCAGCGAGAACGGAGAAGCAGCGAGACACGGCAGCGCACAGGCUUCUCCCUCCACUCUGGCCCACUGCGCCCGCUCCCCCUGCAGUCCCUUCCAGCCGGGGCCUCUCCACAGCAGUCCUCUACAGACGCCUACCGUGUCCUCUCCCGUUUCCAGUCCCUGCAGCUCCACUUCCUCUCCCAUUGGCCGACCACCCUCCUAUCACAACGGACAUCACAGACCACCACCAGCCCCACAAAAAAGCCCCUACCCCAGUCCAGCAAAAGUAUCACCACAGCCUCCCAAAUACCCAGAGAGCGGCGGGGGCACCAUCCGACCUGUCCGGGCUGCUCCUCCCCCUCCAAAGCAGCAUCCUCGUGGGCAGGUGAAGCGGAGGGAGGAGGUGGAGAUAACGCUGGUGCCAUCCCAGCAGCCUGACACCAGGGGGCGCUGUGGAUGUGUUUCACCUGGCAACGGCUCCAGACCGCGGGCCUCCUGCUGGGCCCCCGACACCCCCCAGGGCAAAGGUCCAGCCCGUGACCUCACAGCCAAUCAGUCCCACUCCCAGUGCCUGCUAGGAGAGCAUCACCCUCAGAGCGGUGACUCAGUAAGGACUACACCUCCAUCAGUGUGCGCUCCAUCAGGCGGAUCCUCGCGGGUCACCUCCCAGCAGAGCUCCAGCCGGCCGCCCCCCCCGCUCCAGCCCUGA